UACAACUUCUAAUAACAUGGGAUACUCCUAAGAAUACUCCUAAGAAAAAUAACAAAAGCAACAGACCUUCCUAACAAAUAGGAUUUUAUUAAAGAAACUAACAAUUAAAAUCUUAACAAUAUUACCCUAAUUCAUAAACCACCAAAUCACACGAUCAAAAUUCAAAAUAGUUCACACUCAAAUCAAAAACCCUAACUAACCAACAGCGCUUCACUGAAAAUCAUUGAGAUGGCGGUUGCAGUGUAAAUCAAUUUUGACAGUAGUGAUCUUUACUCUCUACAGAAUUGGAACGAUCUCCACUGUACAAUAAUGAUCUUUACGUGAUUUGAAAUCGCAGAAGAAAACGAACCUUCUUUGCUGAAGCUUCAAGGAAAUCACAUAUCUAGUAGUAUAUCUGUAAGUUUUUUUUGUUUUUCUUUUUUUGUGUGUGUGUGAAAUCGCAGAAGAAAACGAACCUUCUUUGCUGAAGCUUCAAGGAAAUCACAUAUCUAGUAGUAUAUCUGGAUUAUAUCAUGAGUUAUACUAUCAUCAUUCUAGUAUUGGAUUGUGAGAACCUGCAAGAUGGCCAGUACUAGCAGGAAUCCUCUUGUUGUUGGGCGUGUAAUAGGGGAUAUAUUAGACCCCUUUGAAAGUUCUGUUCCUCUCGUAGUCACCUAUGGUAAUAGAACUGUUACUAAUGGUCGUGAGCUUAAACCUUCCCAAGUUGCCAAUCAACCCCAAGUGAGUAUUGGUGGGAAUGAUCCGAGUACCUUCUACACCCUGAUCUUCGUAGAUCCAGAUGCACCUAGCCCAAGUCACCCCAGGUUUAGAGAGUAUCUACAUUGGUUGGUGACUGAUAUUCCAGCAACUACAGAGGCUAGUUUUGGUAAUGAGAUUGUAGGUUAUGAAAAGCCACGACCCACCUUAGGGAUUCAUCGUUUUGUGUUUAUAUUAUUUCGUCAACAAUGUAGACAAAGAGUAUCUGCUCCAGGUUGGAGGCAAAAUUUCAAUACAAGAGAGUUUAUUGAAAUUUACAAUCUUGAACAAUUGCCAGUUGCUGCUGUGUUCUUCAAUUGUCAAAGGGAGACUGGCUCCGGAGGAAGAACCUUUAGAUAACUUAGUUAGUGAAUAGUAUAGAGAAAAAUAAAUAAAUGUUUAAGGCAUAUACAUGCACGAGUAAUAGGGUUAUUCGAGUUUACUUUGGAUGGAUUAAUGGCCCUUUAUUUAGUAUGACUCGUA